GUCAGACAGUGGAGCCCCUCCUAGCGGCAAAGUGCCGCAAGUGCACGUUUUUUUUUACAGAGAGGGAAAUGGGUGGACGGAAAGUCCCUGUGUGGAAAUCCCCCUAACUUCUUCUUUUUCUUUUUUUUCCUUUUUUAAAAACUAGUGUUAGUGGACGCCUGUAGUCUUUCGAAAGGCUUCGCGAGCAUCAAAGGUUCCGAAAUAGAUCUGAUAGGCUGUUGGAGGAAACAGAAGGGUGAAUGGCGCCGAAGACUGCUGCGGUGAGGCUGAGUAAAGUGGCUGAGAGAGGACUUGCUUGAGCAUCCGGGAGGCUUUGUUGUUACCCCGACAUAUUGCACAGCCUGCAAGUUGCUGGGUCAUCGUCGGCUGGUGCUUCCUCCUCCUCUCCUCACUCCUUUUCCUCCCCUCCACCCAUUCUCCUGGCCAUCCGUCAUGUCGCAGGGCCAGAACUUCCUCCCCAAAUUCCUGUUUGUCUCUAACCUGCUGAAGGCGGUGAAGAUCCGCCAGCGAGUGCCCAAUGAUGUGGUGAAGCCUUCCACCAGCGGCCUCAUGCAUCACCUGCGCGGAAUGCACCGCUACACGCUAGAGAUGAUCGCCAUGAACCACUUUCCUCAGGCCUUCAGGGAGGUAGUUCAAGCCGCCAUCUUGGACCGAGCCAUGCAGGCCUCGUUAGAGCAGGAGAAGAAGCUCAACUGGUGUCGGGAGUUGAAGAAGAUGGUACCUUUACGCACCAACGGAGAUGGAAACUGUUUGCUUCAUGCGGCCUCUCAGUACAUGCUGGGUGUUCAAGAUACAGACCUGGUGCUAAGGAAAACUCUCCACAGCGUCCUCAAGGAGACAGACACUGGAGUAUUUAAGGCCCGAUUCCAAACUGAGCUGCUGCAGUCCCAAGAGUUUACCCAAACAGGACUGCGGUACACCACCACGAACUGGGAGGAGGAAUGGGAUAAGAUUGUGAAAAUGGCGUCUCCAGUCUCGAGCAGUAACGGCCUCCAGUUUGACUCCCUGGAGGACAUUCAUAUCUUCAUCCUGUCCAACAUCCUCCGCAGGCCCAUCGUCGUCAUAGCAGAUCAGGUGGUCAGGAGUAUGAAAUCAGGCUCCUCCAUCUCUCCACUGAAUGUAGGUGGGAUAUACUUGCCUCUGCAAUGGCCGCCCACGGAGUGCUACAAAUACCCAAUAGUGCUUGGCUACGACUCCCAGCACUUUGCGCCUCUCAUCACCAUCAAAGACAGUGGCCCAGAGAUUCGAGCAGUGCCGCUGAUCAACCCAAGAAGAGGAGGCUUUGAUGAGCUGAAGGUUCACUUCCUGAUGGAGAAGGAACAGCCACAGAAGGAGAGACUUCUUAAUGACUACCUUCACUUGAUGGAGAUCCCCGUCAUAGGCUUGGGCCACGAUGUCACUUGGAUCAUGAAAGCUGCAAGGCUGGAUGAGGGGAACCUUCCAGAGGAUAUGAACCUGAUGGAGGACUACCUGCAGCUUGUCAACCACGAGUAUCAGCGCUGGCAGGAAGACAAGGAACAGGCAUGGGCCGCCCAGCCACAACGCCCUCCCCCCUUCUCCGUAUCUCAGCUUUCCCUCAUUGAGAUCCGCUGUGCCACGCCACGGUGCACCUUUUACGUCUCUGUGGACACACAGCCUCAUUGCCACGAAUGUUUUGAGAAGCGACAGGCCACCACCGGUGGAGGAGCGAGGAUAGAGGGGGUGGUUCAGGCCAAAGGAGCUGGUGUGCAGGGUGGAGUAGGAGUGAUGGGAGGAUCAGAGGCUGAGGUGAGCUCCAGAGGAGCCAGAAGCAGCAGUCCCCUCUGCUCUUCUUCUGGGCGAGGCGUGGUGUUGUCAAGCCCCCGCUCAGCUCCUCCCACUGCCCCCAGCCUCAGCCUAUACAGUGAAACUCACGCCAUGAAGUGCAAGACGCCUGGAUGCCUGUUCACUCUCAGUGUGGAGCACGAUGGACUCUGCGAGCGCUGCUUCAACUCCAGACAGAAUCACGCACCCCCUGCAGCUGGGACAGCUGCCACAGGACUCCCAGGCCCCAACGGGGGACCUGUCAUUUCCCACCCGGCCCAGGGUUCUGGUUGGACCCAGUGGGGGGGCUGUGAGACAGAGACAGAGCGAUGCAACAUGUGCAGACAGGAGGCGUUCAGGAUAUUCAAUGGCCUGUGCCCACUCUGCAUGCAGAGGCAGCAAGCUCCGGAGAGGGGUGAGCCCCAGCAGAGCAACCCCAGGACUGAGGCCUCAUCCUCUGCUUGGAGUCAGGCCAGAGGCACUGAGCGGCCAUGCCUCACCCUAACCCCAGGACACACGCCUGGCUGGCAGGCCCCUCUUGCCAAACUUUGUAAAAGAUCGGGCUGCCAGUUUUUUGGGACACCGGAAAAAUUGGGUUUCUGCACUAUUUGCUAUGUAGACUAUCAGACCAACCACCACCUGACUCCACCCCCAGCACCAGUUCAGAGUCGGCACGGGUUGGACACGGGUUUCCAGAAUGCCACACGCUGUCGUGGGGCCGGAUGUGGAGCAGUUGGCAAAGCAAUGCUGGAGGGCUUCUGUGACAAGUGCUACGUCAAAGAGCAGAGUGCACGGCUCAACCAGGUGGCUCAUCGCACACAACACUCCCCUCCCCUAGUCAUGCGCGACCGAGCAGCCAAGCCCAGAUCUUCACAGCAAUCCCAGACCCAGACUCAGUGCCGGCGGAGCGGCUGCAGUAACGUGUCGCCGGGUUGCACGGACCUCUGUCCGGAGUGCCACACACGGGGCCAAGGCAGGGAGGCGGGAAGGCGGGCGCAGGCGCCCAAGGAGAAGUCAAAGCAGCGGUGCCGGACACAGGGCUGCGACCACUACGCCAACCAAGAGAAACAGGGCUACUGCAACGAGUGUGACCACUUCAAACAGAUUUAUCGCGGCUGACCACGACCACGCUCAAAAGUGACGAUGAAAACCCAUUGCUAGAGCCAACGCCCUGCUGCGGGCUCCUCAUGCCUAUCAAUGCACUUCUGAUACUAACUAACCAACUAACUAACUAGCUAGUGAGUAACUAGUAACCUUAUGGCCUGAAAAUUAACCCCCCCAUGUAGAAUGUGAAGCGAGAGUGUGUGUACAUGGGGGGGAGGUGACGAGUGUGUUUGUGUGUUUGUUCGUCUGCAGUAGACAUGGCCUCCAGAAUACCUCUCUGUGCAAUUAUGAUCAUCUUGAUUUGCUGUGUGUUCUUACACGGUAAGAGGUUUGGCUACAUGUCAGAGCAACUGACUCAACCCUUGUGUACAUUAUGUAUCUAGAGGUACGUAGCGAAUCGUGCCGGACAAAAUGAUUGUAUGUUAACAUGACAUGAAGCAUCUGACAUUGCUUUCUCGACCACAGCCAAGGAUUCAUACCCUGUGUCCGUCUUUAUGUAUGUAUGGCCAUUGAUUAUUUUAUCUAAUUUGAUUUUAAACCCAUCCGUCUACCUGUCUGUCAAGCAUUUGUUCUGUAGAGUGAGACAUGCAGGCGUUGGGUAAUCCCAACUGAGUGUCUGUUGAAGCAGUAAGAAGAAGCCCAAUGUUUAAAAUUCAAAAUCUCACUUUUUUUUUUUACCUCUGAGUUUUUAUCAGUGUGAAUCUCUAAUCUCUUCAUUGGUUCAGCAGCAAUUUAUUAGUUCUUCAAUAAGAAAAAUGUAAACAAACCAUUUAGUUUUAACGGUGCAAGACAGACAGGGCAGGACCCUGCUAGUUUUGGUGCUACAUGUACAGGAUCAAGUCUCUCCAUUGUAGCCAACAUGCUGGCGGUGUCAGCACCCAGACGGCAGUGAAUGCAGAAGAGAAGGAGUCACCCUCUUUCUAUUCCUCCUCAACUUCCUUUCAUUUCCCCUUUUCUUUCCCCUUUUUUCAAAACACAUCUGUUGCCUUGGACACCGUUUUUGUCUUUACCUAACGACCUAAGCACCUAGAAACGCGUAGAAGAUUGCCGCACGCACUGAUAUAGCUCCGCUGAUUUUGUCAAGGGGGAUUUCCAAUGAUAAAGAGAACCUGUGAGAAUAUAAAAAAACAAAAGAAGUACGUCAGUCUGCAUAAUACCUCACCUAGCCACUACAAACACGGUUUGCACACAGCUCUGUGAGAUUGUAAGGCCCAGCUCGAGCUUGAGGUGUGAUGUAGGUAAACCUGUAAAGAGAUGCAUUCCUUCCUGCUCCACCCCGCCGGAUUUGCCAAGGCAACAACUUCAGAGACCAAUGUCAUCGCCUGCUUUGGCUAAUCUUGUUUAUCUGAAGUUUAUCUUUGUGCUGUUUCUUUCACUUCAGCACACUUUUUGGGGCUGAUCCUCCAUAAGUUUUGCCUUUAAGUAGUAAUGACAUUUAAUGGACCAGAAGGGGCCCGAUCAGUGCUCCCACCUUUAAAACGCUUUUUUGUGAAUAUGGAUCCAAGUCCAUAUUUUUAAGGACCUUCCAACUCGAUGCCUCAUCUUCAACAUACACACACACACACAAUGCACGAAUGUGUGCUUCUGGAACACACAAAGAAACUGACAUUCCUGUUUUGUUGAUUUUUCCUAAAUUAUUUUUUAAGUAUUUUGAUAUAUUUGAUUUCUGCUAAAAGACAAAAAAAAAACAUGUGCCCUCAAUUGCCAAACAGUUGUUGUUACCUCCUUAAAAUGGCCAGCCUGUGUCAUUUUAGAGUGCCACAGAUGGACAUCUUCGUUUUUACAUAAUCUUUUAUCCAAAUUUACCUAAAAAAUCCCCAAAUCAACUUACAGAGUCAUUUAUCUGCAAAAGUGGAUAAAACAGCAAUCCAAUGAAAUCAAAAGUGAUAGCUCACACGAGUUAUUCCCCCUCCGAGCUGUAGAUGUCCAUCUGUGGCUCCGGUUCUAAGUGACUCACCGGCUCUUGGUCUGCCUUUUUCAUUCAACUGUAUCUAAAGCUGUCAGCAGGCCAGCCCACACGCUGAUGGCCUGCAUGUAGAUUUCUGUGUGCUUUAAUCACCUCUAGAUGAACCUUAACCAAUAACAGGCCAAUUAGCAGCCAGCUCUACUGGCCCUCAAAAAACAUGGCUUUUGGGGGUUCGGAACGAGUUUGGUGGAGAGGAGAUUUUAAAAGUUGCACAUGACUUGUCUAAGCUGCUGAGGCAUUUAGGAGCGGUCGCCUGACUUGUGUAGGGACCUUCCAGCAGUAGGAAAAACCAUCGGCUUAAGGGCAGAAGGUGUAACAAAAAACAUGCAAACGGUGUGGAAGUUUCUUUUGAUGAUAGGGUGUUGUAUGAAACAAAUACUGGUUUUAUUUGUUAAGUAUUUAUUCAUAUCAAGAUAUCUGUAUUGUGUGAUUCAAUAAUUAUUUAUAUGUUGUCUUGAAAUGAAUUAUUUUUAUUAAGAAA